CUGCAGGAAUGGUUUUCAUUCCUUGAAAACCGGAACUGCAGAACUGUGAAGAGCACUUGACCACUCCCAUUGCAAUGUACAUUAAUAGGUCGGACUUGCUCCUACUUUAUUCAGAGCUCACAGAAACAGAGAAAAGGCAUGAAUUUCUACAACCAGUCCAACACCCAGGUGGUGGUCACCACCACUGCAAUGAGUCAAAAGGCUGGGGAGUGGAGCACGGGCAUCUGUGACUGCUGCUCUGAUAUGAACACCUGUUGCUUUGGAUAUUGGUGUUUCCCCUGCAUGCAGUGUCAGACAGCCAGUAAACAUGGAUGGUGCUGCGGUAUGCCACUCCUGGACUUUUGCUGUGUGGUGUCCUGCUUACUUCGCAAGUCUGUCAGAGAGCGCUACAACAUCCCUGGCUCGUGCUGUGAUGACUGCUGCAAAAUAUUUUGGUGUUAUAACUGUGUCUGGUGCCAGAUGAAUCGUGAGCUGAAGAUCAGGGAAAACCAGCACCCUGCUGCCUCGACGGUGGUCACCACGCAGGUCGUCCGUGGAUAAGAUGCAACCGUUUUUGUUGUGUGUUGAGUGAAUAGGACAGUUACCUUUUCAAACAGUAUUAAUUUUUCAGCACCACACAGUUUUGUCCUCAGCAAUUUGUCUUUUAUUUUAAUUUAAGCUUGGAUUUUAUAGUUCUAGAUUAUAUUUCAAAAUGAGAAAAUCUGAGUUCCGUUAGCAUACUGGUUAUUUAUCAUCUGGAAAACCUUUUAACUCUGUCCAAUAAAAUCUGUGUCAUUUAACAUGCUUGUUGUUAUUCUAAACUUUUCAAGUUCAAUUUAACCUGUAUGAAAAUAAAUUAUAUAAAGACUUGGUGCAUAUGCAAAAACCAACUGAUUCACAUUCACAGAUCCUUAAAACACAGAGUCGUGUCAGAUCAUGCACAGAAGCAGCACUUGGGCAAUGUUUGGCCCCAGCAGGCUCCACUCCCUACAAAUGAUACAUAAGUGAUGUGCUACAAAUUAAUAAUUAACCUGCUCGUCAGUGAGUACUGUUUUACUUUCCGGCUACAUGUCAAGGCUACAUGACAAAUGAUGGUUAUCACACUAUCAGUUUUAUUAUUAACAGCAUCUUUAUUUGCAAUGAACUGGAUUAUUUGUUUUCUGCUCGAACCUGACUUGUAACACAGAGCAGAGCUGAUUGAAUCAUACUUACAGUUUUUCACAGAAACAGGAUGGGUGUUGGGAUCGCUGUGACAUAUAUGUGCUGCUUGACAACCGUCCGAGUAACUGUACUCCUCGCUACAAAUCAACCCCCGAAACUAAGACUCCAUUGAUAUAAUAGUUUUCGAACUGAAUUGAAUUGACAGUUUUUGUUUGCUAUCAUGUGACAGCUUCUGUCUGAGUUUUGAGCAUGUAUUUUUUUUUCGGGGGUUGAAGAAAUUAUGUUAUGUCUGAUUAAUACUUAAACCUGCACCAUGGCGUGUUCUCAGUUUGCUUGUUACUUGAUGUUUUUUUUAUUAAUAAC